AUGUUAGUUGAUGAGCACCAAAAACAACAAUGGAAUACUCAAGAAGACGAACAUAAAGCGGAAUUUGAACAAAAACAACAAUUAUUAUUACUAAAAUUAUUAGUUAAGAAUCAAUGUCAAACGAGUUUCGCUGACUAUGAGAAGAAAGAAUAUCAACUUGACAAAGUGGAUGCUAUCAAGAAAUUUUUUCGUCGUCUAUUAUGUGAAUUUAUUGAUACAUUUGUACAUUGUGCUUUUCGAGAUCACUAG